AGCAGAGCAAUUUACAUGAUGCCCGCACAGACCUCCAAUUGCAAGUCCGUUUCGCUCCACCUCCCUUUAUAAUGGGCUCCCUCUCUGAGUCGUCCAACUCUCACUUCUACGCUUCCUGGUUCAACAGAGAUGCAAUUGACGGUUCCCAACAACGAGUCCGGUGAACAUACUCCCAUCCUUCGUGACCAUCGUGCUCGGUUCCAAGCCUUAACGCCCGCAAGUUCUCCACCUGGUGCCAAGCAUCAUGGACUUAGGCCGGUUGCUAGCCGAUCAUCGCUCUCCCGCCGCUCGAGUAAUAUCAGCAGUCGCUUCUUCCAGCCUCGAGCAAGCGAGUACGAUGCUGCUGAUAACGGAUUGUAUGCCAGCGUCGGCGCGCGUCAGUGGUACGCGGAUUAUACCACCAUCGACUGGCUACAUGAUGUUGUUAAAGAUGGCUAUCGCAAGGCACAUCUCCAACAGCUGAAGGGCGUCCGCGGCCAUCUCGUCAAUUCUUGGGACGCCGUGCAGGGUUAUCUGCUUGUCGCCAUAAUUGGAAUUGUCACUGCUGCAAUUGCUUACUGCAUUGAUGUCACUGAGUCACUCCUUUUCGACUUGAAAACUGGCUAUUGUACUAGCAACAUUCUCGUAAAUAAGCAUGCAUGCUGUGCUGGAAGCUCUUCGGAAGCUUGCGGUGAAUGGGCGAACUGGUCCCAGUCUAUUCUAGAGACGGGCAGCGAGAGUUUUGAGUACUGCAUUUACAUUCUGUUCGCCGUCAUCUUCGCGGUCUCAGCUUCGUUACUCACUAUGACAACCGCGUCGGAACGCCCUUCUGGCAAAAUUUUCUACCUCGCUGCUGGAAGCGGCAUUCCUGAGGUGAAAACCAUUCUGUCUGGCUUUGUUAUUCGUGGCUUUCUGGGAUUUCGUACACUUAUUGUCAAGGCAGUGGGACUGACGCUUGGGGUUGCCUCCGGUUUGUCCCUUGGCAAAGAAGGCCCGUUCGUGCACAUCGCCUGUGCAGUAGGGAACAUCUUCUGUCGGCUGUUUCGAAAGUUUCAUUUCAACGAAGGAAAGAGAAGACAGAUCCUUUCUGCGAGCUGUGCUGCUGGCGUGGCCACGGCCUUUGGCGCACCGAUCGGUGGUGUUCUAUUCAGUCUUGAAGAGGUCUCCUAUUACUUUCCUUCGAAAGCGAUGUGGAGAGCCUUCUGCUGUGCGGUUACUGCAGCUCUUACCCUCAAAUUUCUCAAUCCGCACGCUACCGGUGAACUCACUUUGUUGAAGCUUGACUUUGAGCGGUCCUGGACUGGUCCUGAUCUGGUGGUAUAUGUCGUUAUAGCGUUUAUUGGCGGUAUAUAUGGGGCAUUAUUCAAUAACCUGAACACUCUAUGGACGAGACGAAUCCGCGCGGGACCGAUCUUGUCAGGAAACUCACCAGCCCCUGUCGUGAAGGAAGAAAACGAUCUGUGUCCUGCUAACGAGUAUGAGAUCACCAAAGUCCUUGGACAUCUGCUUAUGGCACUUAUUAUGAAGAUCAUGUUGACGGUAUGCACCUUCGGAUCAGCCAUCCCUGCCGGCAUCUUCGUUCCCACGAUGGUUGUGGGGUCUUUGAUCGGCAGAAUGGUAGGACUCGCCUUACAUUACGUUCACCUGAAUCAUACACUUGGUUUUUUUGAGCCAAACCAUUCUCCAGCUGCAUAUGCUAUGUUAGGCGCCGCCGCAACGCUUGCUGGCGUGACAAAAAUGACCGUUAGUCUCAGUGUCAUCUUGUUCGAGUUGACGGGUUCUCUGGAUCUCGUCAUGCCGUUCAUGCUUACAUUGCUUGUAUCUAAAUGGGCAUCCGAUGCCAUCGAUCGCUUGUCCAUAUAUGAAAAGGUUAUCAACGCCAAGGAGCUUCCGUAUCUGGAGAACCAUGCUAUUGCUUCCAUCGCCGAAGCUGCCGAGCUUCUUCCUCCGGGGAGACCCCGUGAAGCUAUCACACUCGAAUUGCAAGGCCGCUAUGUCUCCGCUUUCGUUCUGCGCGAGAAAAUCGACGACCUUGAGACCCUUGGCGAGGAUGAUGUCGGUCUCUGUCUUGUUGGCUCUGGGUUGUUGAGAGGCUAUCUCGGCUUAAAGGAGAUCAAAGCAUGCUUAGAGUUGAUCACCGAUGAAUCGGCUUUAUGCACAAUUGACCUCGAAGGCCCAGGAAAUGAAUCCUUAGGGAUCGAAUGGGAGCAACUCGUCGUGGAUCCAGCGAAUCUCACGCCUUAUGUUAACCGUACCCCCCUCACCCUCCAUCACUCGGCCCCAGUUACGCUUGCUUUUGAGAUGUUUAACAAGCUUGGCCUGGCAUACCUUUGCAUUAUGGAUGGCCCAGACCUUGUCGGUGUCGUGACAAAGAAGGAUAUCCUCCGCUAUCUGAAAGGUCGUUGAGGAGAGAGUCUGCACAAAAUAUGGGUGAAGGAGAAUAGUAGAUGCUCAAGUAGGUCG